GUAGUACCACUCUUCCUUCUGUAACUGCAGCUAUCAGGAGCAUUAUUUGACUUGCCACCUCACUUUAAUCUCCAUGGUUAAAGCCUCCAUCUUUUGCCAUAUUUUAGAGAUUAGAGUAGAUUAGAAAAAGGAAGGCAACACUCAUUCCGUAAUCUUCCUCACACAAGUCGCAAGUCUCCACUUCCUUACCGGGUCCCGGCCAUACGCCAUAGGAACAAGACACGGAAGGAGAGGAGGAGGGCACCGGAAAUCCUGCUGCUAGCUGGAACCUGGAGGGCUGGAGCUGGACAGUGACUGAGAGUGAAAGGCAGCAGCGGUCUUCCCCGGUGGCUUUGGUUGAUGCUCACCGUCAGGGAGGCACGAGCACGGCCAUCUCUCCCUCCCGGGCGCGUUCCCUCUCGCUCCGGUGAGGUCCCCGAAACUCCUCCGGGGAAUGCGGCUGGACGGCUACAGAUGAUAUCAUCUUCUUCCUGACCUGCUGCAAAGGAGGGAGCCUCCUGCAUUUCCGGAUUCCCUUGUGCCUCCUCUUUCCACGAGAGGGGAAGGGGAGCCGAACGCCGGAGGAUGCCGGCCAAGUACCUGGGCUUGGGGGCGUUCGCGGAGGACAGGCGCCCGGACCUCCACCGCCAGGUGGGCUGCGUCACUGGGAUCUUGCAGGCCUUCGACCGCCGCCACCCUCUCGCCUCUUCCCACAAGAGGCUCCUUCCUCCCCCAACAGCAACAGCAGGCCAUGCACUAUCCAGCAGCCCAAGCAAAGGGGGAGAGUGCACAAGAUAUUCACCCCAGAUUGUUCUGGAGAAGAACUCGAGUAAAACAUGGGCUGACAGCCAAAGAGCACCAGCAACAGAACUGUCUCAAACCUCAUAUUCGUCAUCACCCUCUUCGUCAUUCUCGUCACUUGAUGGCAACAGGUCAACACAACAAGACCUAUCAUCCACUGACCGAAUGCUAUUUCCAGAGAGGCCGUUCAAGAGCUCGCCGAAGCUCAAAAGUUCUUUUGACAGUGACAAUGGACUAGACUAUCCUGAUGAUGCGCCUACCAAGUCCAAGAACAUGCCCAUAGUUCAAUCCAGCCUGCCAACUCUUGGUAUAAGAAAUCUUGUGAAGGAUUCAAUCUAUAAGGAUAGCCGUGAAUUGUCAGUGAGAAUUUGCACUGAAGAAGAAGUAAAAGAUCACCCAUCCAACUGUGGAGAUCAACCUAGGCAAUUGAAUGGGCCUCCCCAUGACAGUACACAAGGAAAAAGCAAGGGUCUCGUGGAUAUCAACGAAUCGCUUCGAGUGCUAGCUAAGCUCAGGGAAGCUUCAUGGACUCCUCCCGAAUCUGCCCAUCAUGCAAGACUUUCAUAUGAUGCUCCUCGGUUCUCAUACGAUGGGAAGGAAGCAGCAUCAAAACUGAGGGAGGUACCAAGGUUGUCACUGGACAUCAAGGAAGGUCACCUUUGGAAUCGUGAAAUUGACUCUAGAUCAAACCCACGUUCUGCAGAUAGAAGCAGCAACACUGUUACUGGGUCCAAUGCAGCUAUCGAGACCCAACAGGAACAGCCUGCCUGCAAGCGGCUUCCUAGCGUUGUUGCAAAGCUUAUGGGUUUGGAAGAGUUGCCUGAGCAUAAUCAAAGUACAGCAUCAUCACAUGCAUGGAAAACCGUUCAAGAGAGCAAGCAAGAUGCAAUGUUUAACCCCUCGAGCAUCUCAUCCCACGAUGAGCAUGCUCUUCGACAACAAAGAAAUCAUGAUUCAACUGCAAGAAAUUUACCCAACUCAAAGUUUCCUGUUGAAACUGCACCAUGGAAGCAACAAGAAAGGAUUGUCCUUCCUCGAAGACUGCCAAAGGGAUCAAAAGGAGCCCAUGCAAGAGAACAACCUGCUGCAUCAGUCUUCAGUGACAUAGAGAAGCGGCUCAAGGAUCUUGAUUUUCAACAAUCGAACAAGGACCUUAGAGCGCUUAAACAGAUUUUGGAUUCCAUGCAAGCAAAAGGACUAUUGGAAAACAAGAAACGGGAAGAAGCAUCUAUGCCAAAGUUAUAUGAUGGAAACCAUGAUGGCCAAGAGGUAGCCGGUGUGAACAUGAGACUGAACACUAACACCAACAACAUGUGGAUGCCUGAAGAGAACAACGCGGAAAGCUCUUUCAAAUCGCCUAUUGUGAUCAUGAAACCUUCAAAAUCUGCAAACCUUUUCAGCGAAGUGGAUUCUUCUGUCUUCCCAUUAGGGGGUCCAUCUGAUCCCACACAGCUGCAAACAAGCAAUAGCACUGAUAGAAGGAAAGCUUCAAUGAUCAAUAGAACAGCUAAAGAGCAACAUGCGAAAUUUAGUCAAAAGGUGCCUACUUCUCAACCCCUUGUUUCUUAUGACAGGAGAUCAUAUGGAAGGAAUGACGAUAGCAGCAACAACCAAAAAUCUAGUUCACUGCUGGUUACUGAGAGCUCAUCCAGAAGACAGCAGCUGCCAAGAGACGGUAGCAUAAGUAUGCAAAAGAAUAAAAAUUCCACUAGCCCAAGGUUACUACAGCGAAAACUUGAUUCAGAGCGGAGGGCUAGACCACCUAUUCCUUCCGCUGAGUAUAACAAAAUCCAAAGGCAAUCUGGAGAUAGGAAUAAUUCAGAAACAGUGUCACCCCGAAGCAAAUUCAGAAGGAAACUUGUGCGUCCACAAGAAGGUGAUGAUGGCAUGCCCAAUGGAUUGAACAACAGGACAAGGAGCCUGAAUCAGCAUGGCAAUGAUAUGUCCACAAAGUCAAAUGGCAAUAUAAGUGUUGCUUCAGAGCUGGAUAUUAUAAGCAAUGACAGAUCUGCAGAAGUUAAUGUUUCUAACUUUGAGCAAGGCAUUGGAACUCCAUCUGGAAGGAACCCACAAAAAGUGAAAAUCUCAUAUGAUGCAAGCAAGGACGUGCCAUCUGUAGACCCUUUGGCUGCUAUUUCGGAACGACCCAGUCCAGUUUCUGUGUUGGACUCUUCAUUUGAUCAGGAGGAUUUAUUCCCUACCAGCAGGACUCCAAAUUCACUUGCUGUUGAUGAUGAGCGCCAAACAUUAGAGGCACCCUGGAAACCUUCUGAUAGAAAGCCAACAGAGGUCGCUAUGCAGUCCAAGAACAAUAAACUUGCUAAUGUUGCGAGCUUGCUUGAGAAGCUCCAGCAGCUUAGCGUGAACAAGGAUGAGGAUGCACCUCCGGUUGACCAUAUUGCUUUCUUGUGUGAGACAGAAAGCCCAGACCACCGCUAUGUGUCUGAGAUACUGCUGGCCUCGGGUCUUCUGAUGAAAGACCUAGGUUCAGGACAGGCAGGUCUCCAGCUCCACUCUUCUGGUUACCCAAUCAACCCGGACUUGUUCCACGUGUUGGAGCAAAGAAAGGCAGGAUGGGCCAGUAUACCUGAUAGCAUCCAUCAGAGCAGAAGCGGCGCAAAAUCUGAUCCCAAGAGAGCGCACCGGAAGCUGUUGUUUGACACUGUGAAUGAGCUUCUGCUUCAGAAGUUUGAGAAGGAAACUGCAGUUUAUUCGGUCAGUUCCUACACCAGAGCGAAGGAUCCACCGUCUAAGACUCCUAGCGGGCAGCAACUGCUGAAGCUCAUAUCUUCAGGAAUCGAAGACCUGGACAUGGAGCGAUCAUCUAUCUGGCAGAAGGAAGGCAGCGUGAUACCUGAUGCAGAGAUCCUGCAGAGGCUGCAGGGAUGGUCGAGCUUCAGCAAGGAGUUCCCAGGGAUGGUGCUGGAGAUCGAAAGGUCGAUAUUCAAGGAGCUGGUGGACGAGGUGGUGCAUGGGGAGUCUGCUGACGGCCCGGAGAUGAAGGUGGCAGGCAGGCGGAGAAGGCGGCUCUUUGCUUGAUACGGUUUGUUUGACCAUCACCAUCCACCAGGUUGUCCAAGUGGAUGGGCCUGAUUUGUGAAGCUAUAACUUUGUUUGUUUUGCCAUGAGAGCCCUUUUCCUCUAAAGAGAGGUACACAAGUUGUAUAAGCAGCGCAGAUUUGCAGAGACCAGAAAAUGGGCAUUCCCUUUGUGCUAUAUUAAUAUGUAUACCAUUGCUUUUUGACUCCUUGUGUUUCAUUGUGGAUUCAGUCAAAGAUGUUCAAAUGGCAGGUGUUUCGUCUCUCCUAGUACUCAACUCUGAAUGAGCCACUUUGUAUUAAAACUGAUACUGCUGUUAUGAUGUAGCCGUUUUGGUGGCA